UGAAUUAUAACCCUUUCAGAAUUUCCGGUGAAGUUAAAUGCUAUCUACCAGAUUAUUUUCAACUAUAAGAUCAGUUAAAGUAAUGGAGUUGAAAGAAGUGGUAAAAAAGUUGAAUCAGUUUGCUCCGACUUCACUGGCAGAGAAAUGGGACAAUGUUGGACUGUUAGUAGAGCCAUCAUCACCAUUACAAAUUAAGAAAAUCAUGUUGACCAAUGAUUUAACUCCUCCAGUAAUGGAUGAAGCUGUUGCCAUGGGAACCAAUUUAAUCAUUUCAUAUCAUCCACCAAUAUUUACUGGAAUGAAAUGUGUUACUCAGAAAACAUGGAAAGAGAGAAUUGUGACAACAUGUUUGGAAAAUAGAAUAGGAGUUUUCUCCCCUCAUACUAGCUAUGAUUGUGUUCAAGAUGGAGUAAAUGAUUGGUUAAUAAAAGCAUUUGAUAUUGUUGAUGUCAGACCUAUACAGCAUGCAAUGGAACUUCACAGUAACAUGUCCAACAGUAUAAGUUGUUGUGUACCGAGAAAUCAAUGUGACCAGUUACAGGAAGAGUUGUCUGGCAUUCCUCAUGUUAAAUUACAUACCCUUUCUGCUGACACAGAUGACCAGAUGAUUACAGUUGGUUGUUCACAGAACAAUGUUAGUAAAGUGGUAACUGUAAUGAACAAAUACACAGCACAGUUCAUAGAGGUUAAACAGAUGUCAAAGGUUCCUAAAGCUGGUUAUGGUAUGGGAAGAAUAGGGAAACUAAAGAACAAAUUAACAGUAGAUGAAGCAAUACAGAAAGUCAAGUCACAUCUACAACUAGGUUCUAUUAGGAUAGCUAAAUCUCCAGAUGCAAAUAGUUUAGAGACUGUGGCAGUUUGUGCAGGGUCAGGAGGAAGCUUAUUAAAGGAUGUACGUGCAUCACUGUAUUUGACAGGUGAAAUGUCCCAUCACGACGUUCUUCAUGCUGUAUACAGUGGGACAAAUGUGAUACUAUGUGACCAUAGCAACACUGAACGAGGAUUUUUAAAACAUUUGAAAAUGAGGCUUGAGCCUCAACUUCCUGGAGUAGACAUUUUUGUAUCUGCUGUUGACAAAGAUCCACUAGAAAUUGUUUGAUUUACAAUAAAUCAUAACUAUAUAUA